AUGGCUGUCUCAGAAGAAGCGCGCCUGCGCGUGAUCAUUGUCGGAGCUGGUCUUAGCGGCAUCGCGACUGCCAUCUCCACCGCGCAGUCGGGACACUCGGUUCAGGUUAUUGAACAAGCACAGGAGCUUGCUGAGGUGGGAGCUGGUCUGCAAAUCACACCCAAUGCGUCCAAGUUACUGCAGUAUUGGAAGCUUCCUGAUUCCAUGUGGGAGGCUGCAGCCGAGCCUACCAAGUUGACUGUCCACCGUUAUUCAGGCCAAGUCCUGGCCCACGAUCCUACUUUUAACAAGAGUAUUCGGGCGAAAUACGACGCGCCGUUUGUUGACUUGCACCGAGUGGAUCUGCAGCAAGCGUUGUAUGCGCGGGCAAAGGAAUUGGGUGUCACUUUCCACCUUGGUGAGAGAAUUGAGCGCAUUGAUUUUGAUACCACCACCGUGCACUCUGUGGCUGGCAAGCAAUAUUCGGGUGAUCUUAUUAUCGCUGCCGAUGGUCUGUGGUCUAAGUGCCGAGAGGCAUUUGUUGGAAAGAAGGAUGAGCCUCUCCCGACAGGUGAUCUUGCCUAUCGGAUUGUUUUGACUGCGGAUCAGAUUACCGAUCCGGAUCUGAAGUCUCUUGUUCAGAACCCGGAGUGCCAUUUCUGGAUUGGACCCGGUGCUCAUGCCGUUGGAUAUUCGCUACGUGGAGGAAAUAUGUACAAUGUUGUCUUGCUGGUUCCUGACAACUUGCCUCCGGGAGUUUCGAGACAGGCAGGAUCUGUGGAGGAGAUGCGCGAGCUCUUUGUUGGCUGGGAUCCAAUCUUGAACAAAUUCUUGCAAUAUGUGGAUACCACUAUCGAUAAGUGGAAGUUGAUGCACCAUGGUGAAAUGGAGAACUGGGUCAACGACAAGUCCAACCUUGUCUUCAUUGGAGAUUCAUGUCAUCCAAUGCUACCAUACCUGGCACAGGGUGCCAACUCAUCGCUAGAAGAUGGCGCUGUUCUGGGUAUGCUUCUAGGACACAUGACAGAUAAGGCGCAGCUGCCUCGCAUUCUAAGACUAUACGAAAGCCUCCGCAAAUCCAGAGGAGAGGCUAUUGUGCGGGAGACCUUUAAGCAGCGCCACGAUUUCCACAUGCAAGAUGGAGAAGAGCAACAGAAGCGUGAUGAGAUUUUCCUCUCACAGCUUGGCAAGGAACUCAAGGGCGCUUUCCCUAGCCGAUGGACAUGUCCUGAAGUCCAGCCCUGGCUGUAUGGCUAUGAUGCCAUCAAGGAAGUCGAGAAGGCCGUAUCUCAGAACCCGGAUCUGUUCUCGCAACCCUCCCAGUCCGGUUCAUACUGCAAAAUCUUAUAA